AUGUUUGCAAAAGUAAACAAGAAUAAUGAAGAAGAAGCGAGAUUUGAAAAAACUCUACCACUACAAGUUUCAAAUUUUCGUCGUAUUCUACCUCAGGAAUCAAUGUAUUUUGAAAGUGCUGAUGCAACUUGCUUUGGAAGUAUUUACUUAAUUAUAUUGCCAAUUGGAACAAUUAUAUCUGGAUAUAUAACUGAAGCUACUGGCAGAAGAACAAGUUUAAUUAUAUGUUGUAUACCUUUGAUAAUUGGAUGGCUUAUAUGCUACCUAUCAACAAAUAUACUAAUGCUUUUUAUUGGUGAUAUAUUUCUUGGUUUUGGAACUGGAUUAAUGGAGCCGCCUAUUAUCGCUUAUGUGGCUGAAUCAAGUCAAGAAUCAGUACGGGGUAUAUUAAUAUCUUUAAAUUCAAUCACAGUAACUCUUGGUAUAUAUUUGACACUUUUUUUGCAAGCUAUGGUUAGUUGGAGAAUACUAACAUUAAUUGGAAUGGCAUUUGCAAUUGUUGGCAUUUUUGUAGUUUUCCUAAUACCCGAAAGUCCGUUAUGGCUCAUAUCGAAAAAUCGUUAUGAAUUGGCAAUGAAAAAUUUGCAAUGCUUAAGAGGUUGUGUUGCACGAGAAGCUGUUAAAGAUGAGUUUGAAAAAAUGAAGAUGUAUGUUGAAAAUGCAAAUAAAUGUCAGCAAUGUUCAAAAGAAAACAUCGAAUGUUUACAUCCUAAACCAACUAUUAUGGAAAAAAUCAAAUCAUUAAAUCACAAGAAAUAUCGAAGACUAUUUCUUAUUUUGAUUGAAUUAAGCAUUGUUAGCUAUUUGGGGGGAUAUUUAACAUUGAGACCAUUUUUAUUUCAAGUUUUAUCUUCUUAUGCCAUUCCAAUAGAAAUUAAAAAAGCUGUUGCGUAUAUUGGUACCGCCCAAGUUUUGGCAAAUAUUUUAAAUACAUUUUCAUUGAAGAUCCUAGGAAAGCGUCAUAUUUAUUUUAUUGGAAUUGUUGGAAACAUUCUUUGCUGUAUUUACUUAGCUACUUUUGGUGCUAUUUGCUUUCCUGAAAAUUAUUAUUCUAAUGCAGAGAACCAAAAUCAAAAACUGAAUUAUGAAUCUUGUUCGAGAUAUUUUACAUUUUUCAUAUUUUACAUGUUGAUUUUUUUUACCAGUUACGGUGUUGCUGUAAUGCCUUGGAUUUUAGUAGGAGAAAUCACACCAAUUAAUUAUAAAGGUUUUGUUGUAGGAACAUUUUGCGCAAUAUUUUAUUAUAUGAACUUUAUUGGACAUAAAUCCUAUUUAUAUAUAGAAUGGGCACUAACAUUAAAUGGAAUAAUGUGGUUUUUCUUAACUAUCAACAUAAUAGGAUUAGUUUUUGCCUAUUUUUUUUUAUUCGAAACUGAAGGUCAUUCUUUGAACGAAAUUGAAGAUCAUUUGAUGUAUACUAGUUACACAAAUACUAAAAUUCAAAAAGCAAGAGCAAUUGAAAAUUGA